GGCGUUCAGUGAUUCAAUCGGAGAUAGCGGUCACCCAAGUCAAAAAUCGCCAACAAAAAAAUGUCUCCACUACUCCUAGUGGGGAUACUGAUAUCGGCUGCCUUAGCAGACGUGUCGCACGUCUUACAGGGCGGCCGAAAUCUCCCGACCGACCCCAAUGAGGUCAACGCCCUCGCUCACAGCGCCUCGGAGGGCGGCAACCCCCAGAACUUCUGGUGGAUGGCCACGAACAGCCCUCUGAAGGAAGCUUACGAGUACUACAAGAAGUGCUCGUCGACAGGAAACUGUUUGCCACCUGCAAGCCUGCUGCCUGACGGCGAUACCAAAGGGGGCAACUUGAAAUUCGACUUGAAAAAGAACCCCUUCUUGAACGGGGUCUACGAGGCUGGCGGUUCUUCUUCUUCUGCCUCAUCGUUUUCCUCUUCUUUCGCCAGCGCGGGAGUACCGGCUGCCCAAACCAGGAACAGCAUCGAUGUCAGCAACAAUCCUUUCUUGAACGGCCAAUUCCUCACUGCAGGAAAUGGUGACAAAGUCAGCGACGAAAACGGUUUCCUGGGAGUCCAGCCCAGAAAACCCGGAUUCGCCACGACUCACCCGCUAGCUAACAAAAAACCAUUCGCCACCACGAAACCCGAGAACCAAGCGGGUUCCGCAUUCAACCAAGCUGGUUCUGCAUUCAACCAAGCUGGUUCCGCUUUCGACCAAGCUGGUUCUGUUUUCAACCAAGCCGGAGCCAAACAAGAAGCAGCCUGCAGAGGACCGGAGCAAAUCUGCGUCAGCAAACACCUCUGCAACAACGGAGUCGUCAACGAUAAUGGGAGUGGAUUGUUGCAAUCGAGAGUCGAUGUUGACUUCUGCGACAGAGACACUCAGAUCUGUUGCCGAGUGAGUCGAUCUGCAGGUACCUCUAGUGACUUCAUCCUUCCCAACGCACCCAAAAAAUCCUCAUUCCCUACAAGCAUCAACGAUUUGCUAGACAGCGACGAAAAGGGCUCAUCUUCAUCUAGCAACGGCCUUUUCCAUUUCAACGGUGGCCGAGGUUCCUCUCCAGGUCAGAUACAGGUCAUCCAUGCGGGGGAAAGUGGCGCAACGAAGACCGCCAAGCCUACCAGAGAUACCACGCCGAGUGCCAAUUCAGUAUUUUCCGCCACUCCCGAUUACAGCAACGUUCAAUUUGACAGCGAUGUCAGAUUUGCUUCGACAAUCAGAGGGCCAGCUUACCUACCACCUUUCCCUGAUACCACAACACCAUCCAUAUCAACUUACGAGCCACCAACACCAAGACCUUGUCCAUACGGAACCGAGAGACAACCCAAUGGUUCCUGUUUGCAGACAACCACACCACCUCCAUCAUGUCCAUUUGGAACCAUCAGAAGACCUGAUGGUACCUGUGAAAGACCCACUACACCAGCCCCUUCAUGUCCCUAUGGAACCAUAAGACAACCUAGUGGUACUUGCGAAAGACCUGCUCCAUCCUGUCCAUUCGGAACCAUCAGAAGACCUGAUGGUACCUGUGAAAGGCCAACGACUCCUGCACCGUCUUGUCCUUAUGGAACUCUAAGACAACCAGAUGGUAGCUGUAGAAGGCCACCCACGCCAGAACCUUGUCCAUUCGGAACAAUCAGAAGACCCGAUGGUACCUGCGAAAGACCGACAACGCCAGAACCGUCAUGUCCAUUCGGAACCAUCAGAAAACCUGAUGGUAGCUGUGAGAGGCCCACUACACCAGCCCCAUCGUGUCCAUUCGGGACCAUCAGACGACCUGAUGGUUCAUGCGAAAGACCAACGACACCUGCUCCAUCAUGUCCUUUUGGAACCAUCAGUAGACCUGAUGGUACCUGUGAAAGGCCGACAACACCAGAACCAUCAUGUCCAUUUGGAACAAUCAGACGACCCGAUGGUACCUGUGAGAGGCCUACUACACCAGCUCCAUCAUGUCCCUAUGGAACCAUCAGACGCCCUGAUGGUUCAUGCGAGAGACCAACGACACCUGCUCCAUCAUGUCCUUUUGGAACCAUCAGAAGACCUGAUGGAACCUGUGAAAGACCAACCACUCCAGAACCAACAUGUCCCUAUGGAACCAUCAGACGCCCUGAUGGUUCUUGCGAAAGACCAACGACACCUGCUCCAUCAUGUCCUUUCGGAACUAUCAGAAGACCUGAUGGUACCUGUGAAAGACCAACAACACCUGAACCGUCAUGUCCUUUCGGAACAAUCAAAAGACCAGAUGGCACCUGUGAAAGACCCACCACUCCAGAACCAACAUGCCCCUAUGGAACCAUCAGACGUCCUGAUGGAUCAUGCGAAAAACCGACGACACCUGCUCCAUCAUGUCCUCUUGGAACCAUCAGAAGACCUGAUGGUACCUGUGAAAGGCCAACCACUCCAGAACCAACAUGUCCCUAUGGCACCAUCAGACGCCCUGAUGGUUCUUGCGAAAGACCAACGACACCUGCUCCAUCAUGUCCGUUUGGAACCAUCAGGAAACCUGAUGGUACCUGUGAAAGACCAACAACUCCUGCACCGUCUUGUCCUUAUGGAACUUUAAGACAACCAGAUGGUAGCUGUAGAAGGCCACCCGCACCGGAACCUUGUCCAUUCGGAACGAUCAGAAAAUCCGAUGGUACCUGUGAAAGACCGACAACACCAGAACCGUCAUGUCCAUUUGGAACGAUCAGAAAACCAGAUGGUACCUGUGAGAGGCCCACCACACCAGCCCCAUCAUGUCCCUAUGGAACCAUCAGACGCCCGGAUGGUUCUUGCGAAAGACCAACGACGCCUGCCCCAUCCUGUCCAUUUGGAACCAUCAGAAGACCAGAUGGUACUUGUGAAAGACCUACAACACCAGAACCGUCAUGUCCAUUCGGAACUAUCAGAAGACCAGAUGGAAGCUGUGAAAGACCCACUACACCAGCCCCUUCAUGUCCUUAUGGGUCAAUCAGACGCCCUGACGGUUCUUGCGAAAGGCCAACAACACCAACCCCAUCAUGCCCAUUCGGGACUAUAAGAAGACCAGAUGGUACCUGUGAAAGACCAACAACACCAGCCCCUUCAUGUCCAUUUGGUACUAUCAGACGUCCAGAUGGUACAUGCGAAAAACCAACCACACCUGCUCCAUCAUGUCCAUUUGGAACCAUCCGUGGACCUGAUGGUACUUGCGAGAGAACAACGACACCUGCACCAUAUUGUCCAUCAGGAGAAAUCAGACAACCUGAUGGUUCUUGUGGAAGACCAACUCCACAAUGUCCAUUUGGAACCAUCAGAAGACCUGAUGGAACUUGCGAAAGGCCAACAACACCAGCUCCAUCUUGUCCAUUCGGAACCAUCAGGAGACCAGAUGGAACUUGUGAGAGACCCACAACACCUGCUCCAACAUGUCCAUUCGGAACCAUCAGAAGACCUGAUGGUACCUGCGAAAGGCCAACGACUCCUGCACCGUCUUGUCCUUAUGGAACUCUGAGACAACCAGAUGGUAGCUGUAGAAGGCCACCCACGCCAGAACCUUGUCCAUUCGGAACAAUCAGAAGACCCGAUGGUACCUGCGAAAGACCGACAACGCCAGAACCGUCAUGUCCAUUCGGAACCAUCAGAAGACCUGAUGGUAGCUGUGAGAGGCCCACUACACCAGCCCCAUCGUGUCCAUUCGGGACCAUCAGACGACCUGAUGGUACCUGUGAAAGGCCGACAACACCAGAACCAUCAUGUCCAUUUGGAACAAUCAGACGACCCGAUGGUACCUGUGAGAGGCCCACCACCCCAGCCCCAUCAUGUCCCUAUGGAACGAUCAGACGCCCUGAUGGUUCUUGUGAAAGACCAACGACACCUGCUCCAUCAUGUCCAUUUGGAACUAUCCGAAGACCAGAUGGUACUUGUGAAAGGCCCACGACACCAGCUCCACAAUGUCCAUUUGGAACCAUCCGAAGGCCUGAUGGUACUUGCGAAAGGCCAACCACACCGGCUCCAUCUUGUCCAUUCGGGACCAUCAGACGUCCUGAUGGUACUUGCGAGAGAGCAACUACACCUGCUCCUUACUGUCCCUCAGGAGAAAUAAGACAACCUGAUGGCACUUGUGGGAGACCAACCCCACAAUGUCCAUUUGGAACCAUUCGAAGGCCUGAUGGUACUUGCGAAAGACCAACCACACCAGCCCCAUCAUGUCCCUAUGGAACCAUCCAACGGCCUGAUGGUUCUUGUGAAAGACCAACAACACCUGCUCCAUCAUGUCCAUUUGGAACCAUCAGGAGGCCAGAUGGUACCUGUGAAAGACCAACAACACCAGAACCAUCAUGUCCAUUCGGAACCAUCCGAAGACCUGAUGGUACUUGUGAAAGGGCAACGACACCAGCUCCACAAUGUCCAUUUGGAACCAUCCGAAGGCCUGAUGGUACUUGUGAAAGACCAACCACACCGGCCCCAUCAUGUCCAUUCGGAACCAUUAGAGGUCCUGAUGGUAGUUGCGAGAGAGCAACUACACCCGCUCCAUACUGUCCAUCAGGAGAAAUAAAACAACCCGAUGGUACUUGUAAAAGACCAACUCCUCAAUGUCCAUUCGGAACCAUCAGACGUCCAGAUGGUACAUGCGAAAGGCCAACCACACCUGCUCCAUCAUGUCCGUUUGGAACCAUAAGAAAACCCGAUGGUACCUGUGAAAGGCCAACAACACCUAAACCUUCAUGUCCAUUUGGAACUAUCAGGCGUCCAGAUGGUACUUGCGAAAGACCAACCACACCUGCUCCAUCAUGUCCGUUUGGAACCAUAAGGAAACCCGAUGGUACCUGUGAAAGGCCAACAACACCAGAACCUUCAUGUCCCUUUGGAACUAUCAGACGUCCAGAUGGUACCUGCGAAAGACCAACUACACCGGCUCCUUCAUGCCCAUUUGGAACAAUCAAGAGGCCCGAUGGUACUUGCGAGAGACCAACAACACCUGCUCCAUAUUGUCCAUCAGGAGAAUUGAGACAACCUGAUGGUACUUGUCGAAGACCAACUCCACAAUGUCCAUCUGGAACCAUCAGACGCCCUGAUGGAACAUGCGAAAGACCGACCACACCUGCUCCAUCAUGUCCAUUCGGAACGAUCAGAAGACCCGAUGGUACCUGUGAAAGACCAACGACACCAGAACCAUCAUGUCCAUUCGGGACAAUCAGAAGACCAGAUGGAUCUUGUGAAAGGCCAACAACUCCAGCACCAUCAUGUCCAUUUGGCACCAUAAGAAGACCCGAUGGUACCUGUGAAAGGCCAACAACACCAGAACCUUCAUGUCCAUUUGGAACAAUCAGACGCCCUGAUGGAACAUGCGAAAGACCGACCACACCUGCUCCAUCAUGUCCAUUCGGAACGAUCAGAAGACCCGAUGGUACCUGUGAAAGACCAACGACACCAGAACCUUCAUGUCCAUUCGGAACCAUCAGAAGACCAGAUGGUACUUGUGAAAGACCAACAACACCAGCACCAUCAUGUCCAUUCGGGACUAUAAGAAGACCAGAUGGUACCUGUGAAAGGCCAACAACACCAGAACCAACAUGUCCAUUCGGAACUAUCAGAAGACCAGAUGGUACUUGCGAGAGACCAACAACACCAACACCAUCAUGCCCAUUCGGAACCAUAAGAAGACCAGAUGGUACCUGUGAAAGGCCAACAACACCAGAACCUUCAUGUCCAUUCGGAACCAUCAGGAGACCAGAUGGUACUUGUGAAAGACCAACAACACCAGCACCAUCAUGCCCAUUCGGGACUAUAAGAAGACCAGAUGGCACCUGUGAAAGGCCAACAACUCCUACACCGUCUUGUCCUUAUGGAACUCUAAGACAACCAGAUGGUAGCUGUAGAAGGCCACCCACACCGGAACCUUGUCCAUUCGGAACCAUCAAAAGACCCGAUGGCAGUUGUCAGAGACCUACUACACCAGAACCAAGUUGUCCACCUGGAACCAUCAGAAGGCCAGAUGGUACUUGCGAAAGGCCAACCACACCAGAACCGGCAUGUCCAUUCGGAUACAUCAGAAGACCAGAUGGUAGUUGUCAAAGGCCUACCACACCAGAACCAAGUUGUCCACGUGGAACCAUCAGAAGGCCAGAUGGUACUUGCGAAAGGCCAACCACACCAGAACCGGCAUGUCCAUUCGGGUACAUCAGAAGACCAGAUGGCAGUUGUCAAAGACCUACCACACCAGAACCAAGUUGUCCACGAGGAACCAUCAGAAGACCAGAUGGUACCUGCGAGAGACCAACGACACCUCAACCAAGUUGUCCACGAGGAACCAUCAGAAGGCCGGAUGGUACCUGCGAAAGACCAACAACACCCCAACCAAGUUGUCCACGAGGAACCAUCAGAAGGCCGGAUGGUACCUGCGAGAGACCAACUUCGCCAGCUCCAUAUUGUCCAUCAGGAACAGUCAAGAGGCCUGAUGGUACUUGUGGAAGACCAACUACCCCUCGACCAUCGUGUCCUACUGGUUAUCACCUGACUCCCUCAGGGCAAUGCAAAGCAGAUAGGGAAUACCUUCCACCUACUACUCAGCCUACGAACACUGAUGAUGGGUACCACUACGACAGACCUACGCCCACAUUCGGCUACCCUUCCUCUACUCUGAUUCCUGACCAGAACAACAUCAACAACCAGUACGUACCUGCUCCAACCACAGAACACCAAGGCAUGGGUUCCAACAUCGACAGCGACUUCCGCCUGCCCGACAGACCCACCGAAGGUCCAGACAACAAGGGCGAACCCGCCAACACCAACAACAUAUUCGUGCCGCCCACCACCAUCAGGCCACGCCCCACCAGGCCACGCCCCACUCAAGGGGGCGGACAUAACGUGGCCACGCCCUCCGGCUGCGCUGCUGCGCUAAAAUGCGUUCAGGAGAUCUACUGCACAGUGGAGGGUUUCGUGUCGCCAGUUCCUGUGGUGCUCAGCAAAGAACAGGAGCUGCUCAGAGCACCAACAACUGAAUGCAGAGACAUUGAAUCUGGCACUAUGGGCAAAUGUUGCCGUGAUCCCUACUACGAGGAUCCAUGGCCAUCUGCGAAUUUGGUGGAUGGAGUAGACGACGGACAAUACAAAGAGGACAACUUCUAUGGGCAACAAGAAUUACUCACCAACAGGCUCACGAGGAACUCGAACAGAACCAGGAAUGCGGGAUACUCGGGAAACGAAAUAGCAGCCUCUGAGCUCGUCGCGACUCGUUCAGGAUCUUAUGGAGAAAGAAAUCAGGAUUCUACAUUAUCGGCAGGGAGCUCAAUCGAUGCCGAAUUUGCAGAAUAUCCAUGGCAAGCUAUGAUUCUCAGAGAUUCCAACCGCAGCUUGCUAUGUGGGGGUGCCAUCAUAAGGAAAAACGCAGUACUAACAGCUGCUCAUUGUGUAGAAGGGUUGGCGACGACCGACUUGUUGGUCAAAGGAGGUGAAUGGAAGCUAGGAAUAGACGACGAACCACUGCCCUUCCAAAUCAUCAAGGUGUUAGCCGUCAUCAGACAUCCGGAGUACCAAGCUGGGUCAUACCAGAACGAUUUGGUCGUUCUGGUACUGGAAGAGGAGUUCAGGUUGACCAAGAACGUCGGUACCAUUGCCUUACCCAGUCCUAACCAGGUGCCAACGACGAAUUGCAAGGUUACCGGAUGGGGUAAAAGGAUUCUGCAAUUGCAUGCUAAAGGAGCCAUAAUGCACCACAUUGAUGUUAACAUCAUGGAUAACCAACAAUGCCAACAGACGAUCGCCGAUAAGUACAAAGACUCACUACCGAACUACAGCCCUAACACUCUGUGUGGAUUCUCUGACAUUGACCAAUGCAAGGUUGAUUAUGGCAGUGCCUUGGCAUGUGCCAAUGACCAAGGGAUCUACACCCUCUCUGGAAUCUACUCCUGGGACACGGGAUGCAAGCAAAAGGGCCAAAUCGGAGGUUAUGUAGCUCCAGACGUGGAAUGGAUAGAGGGAUGUCUGAAGAAGUCCAAGAAGGAAUUGAGAAGAUUAGAUCGACAGUAUUCGCUCGAAAAAAGGAAUUGAUGAUUAGUACGAAUACUUUGAAUGUUGAAAUAAAUGAACGGCCUGUAUAAAUUUAAUGAUAUUCUAUUGUACAUACUUAAGUUAAAACAAAUGAUUGUGAUAGAAGCAAUACACUCACUUAAUAUAUUGUAGAGUUACUAAGAAUGUCAGGUUUUUCUUGUAUAUUUUUCGUACGUACGUUUUAAAAAAGAAACUGCCAUAUUUCCUUUAUACAUAAUUGUCUGUAAUGAUAAGAAGUAUUAAUACUCAUUUUUACAUGUUGGAUAUCCUACUAUGAAAUAAUAAAAAAUUGGUACCUAUAA